AUGUUAAAAGGUUGGUUUUCUGUUAAUUAUCAGCCGGAAAAGCAGCCAAAAUGGGAUGACCUAAGGAAGCAAUUAACAAAUAGAAACGAACCAACAAAACAAGCCGAAGCUUUAGAACAAAUUGUUUUAUUAUCUUUCACUGAGUCAGUUCCUCCUCAUCUCCUUAUGCCAAUUAUCCAAUACACGGCAACAACAAUGGAUCAUCGCGUUAUUAAAUUGCUUUUCUUAUUCCUUGAGAAUAUCGAAAUCAGAGAUGCACGCGGAGAAAUGCGUCCUGAGUUCAUUUUGAUUAAUGACGCUAUCAGAAAAUUCUUAUUGAGCCCUAAUGAAUAUGUUCGUGGAGCUGCAAUUCGUUUCCUUUACAAAAUUAAUGAUCAUGAUAUUCUUCAACAAUUACUUUCUGCAGUAAUAUCGAACUUAGACCAUUCAGAUGAAUACGUACGUUGGUAUGCUGCUCAUUUAGUUGCUCGUCUUGUAAGAGAUAUUCCUGGAUUCGACAAAGACAUUGCUGAUGCAAUAACAGAAAGCUUUGCCCACGAAACAAAUCAGAAGGUUGUUCCAGCAAUGCUCUAUGCCGCUUUUGUAGCAUCACCAAAAGAAGCUCUCGAUCAAACAAUUAAUAUUCAGCAAUUUCUUUCACAAGAUAUGAAAUUAGCCAUCUUACAAAUAGCAUCAGCAGCUUAUCAGCGCUUCCCGCCCUACAGAGUUCGUCUACUUGAAACAGUUGUCGAUUUUACUGAAGAUGAUUCUCCAUUAGUCCGUUUACAAGCAGCCAACGUCUUAAAUACGCUCUCAAGCAGUCCGUCAGCCAUCAGAGCUACAGCAAAUGCCUACUGCGAGCUUCUUUCUUCACUUACUGAUGAAAAUCAACGCGCAUUCGUUGUUCAAUCCCUUAUUGAACUUUCUGAAGAGCACAAGGACAUUUUGGCACCUCUUGCCCUCGAAAUGUCCCAAGGAGCUUCGAUUGUCGGCAGUCUUCAUCAAAGAUUUUUGAAUUUAUUAACUUCAAUUGUCUUGAAAGAGUCCGCAAUCUCCAUAGUUCCUCUUAUCUCAUCAAAGGAUCGCGAUUCCCUUGAAGCUUUGAAGACUUUGCUCCUCAGAUUUCCAGAAACUUGCAAUGUUAUCGCAAGUCAAGUCGGGCCACUCAUUACAGACCAAAAUCCAGAGCUUUCCGACUUAUCCAGCUCGUUAUUGAAGGACUGCGGCAUCGCAGGAGCCCGUCAAGAAGCAUUUAAAUUUUUUGUUAUGGCAUUAGAUGCUUCUGACCGACCAGUAGUACUUGCAAGGUCAAUGUGGGCUGUAUCCGAGUUCGCUGAAGACCCUACUGUUGGCGCUGAUAUACUUUUGGACUUAUUAAGUUCAGAUUCCACUUCAAACCCAACAAAUUCAACGACAACAGUUAUCAAUGAUGAUGGAACAUACACAACAAAGCAGACAACAGCAUCUUUAGGCACUUUGAGGCACAGUCUCGCUGAAGGAUCUUCAUUCCUCGGAUUAGCUUUGAUUUCUUCUUUAGUUAAGGCCAAACUGCGCGGAGCUACAAUUGCUGACCUACAAGGAGCUGUCCAGAAGGCUCUUGGCUUCAAGAACGUCGAGAAAAAUGCAAAAGAUAUUUGCAAUUUAUGGGUCAAAGCAUCAGAAGCUCCAAAACUCGGCAGAUUAUUCAAACAAUCAUUAAAUGAUUCAUUUGAACAUCGCCGAAAGCGCAUUUUGGACCAGAAAACCGAAGAUAUCCAAAUUAUUCCAGCAAAUGUUCCAUUAUCAUUCUCAGUUCUAAUGAAUACUGUUGAAGAAGCACCCCAGAAGACCAUCAAGACCGUCGAACUCCCAAUAUCCCAACUCACAGGUCCAUCUGAUUCAUUAUACGUCGAAGCCUCCUGCACAUUAAGGAAAUACGACAGAGUAUACCACGUAACUCUCUAUAACAGGACCGACGCCGUCCUCACGAACAUUCUUUUCGAGUUCACAACCGUCGGAAAUGUUUCUGUUUUGAGAAGAAACGAUUUACUUUCUUUAGCUCCAUCUGGAUCGACGCAAUUCGAUCUCCCAGUGAUGAUCAGCUCCGGAUCAUGUGGUACAUUAUUCGGCGCAGUCAGUUUCGACUUCGCUGGAGCAGGAGGCAGCGACCACCAACUUUUGCCACUUGCGCCAAUCAACAUUGAUCCUUUCUUCUGCUUCGAACCGAAGAAGAUAUCUGAUGCAGCGUUCAGAUCCAAGUGGGCUGCUUCCGUCUGGGAGAGGAAGAUCGACAUAGCUACAAGUGAAACAGAUCUGGUGAAGUUUUUGAACAAAAUCGCUGACAACUUCAAGUUCGCGGUCAUUACUCCGAGAGAACAGUUACUUGUCACGUCUAAAAACGCAGACUUCAUUGCAGCAAACUUGUACACGUGCAGCUUGUUCGGUGAAGAAGUAGAGAUGAACAUAUCAGCAAAGAAAGGAAAGGAUGGCGUGAUAAACGGGUUCUUGAGAAUUAGAUCUCCUGACGAAUCUCUUGCAUAUUUGUUCGGAAAACUUAUUCAAUAA